UUCACGAAGGUGCGCAGUGUAACCUUAAGCGUUUUCUACAUACUUUCGGUCGCGGAUCCGGCAUUUCUUAAGCGUUUUGUAAACACGUCAAACAAUUUCAGCAAGUUUAAAUCAUAUCAGGGACCGUUCAAUAUUUGUGUAAUUGAAUCCUGAUGCACCAGGAAAGCGUGGAACAUAUCUGGAUUAAACUGGCAAUUCAUUUUCAACUUCGGUCUUUGUUGAUGUAGAAGGGAAUGAAAAUAGUGAAUCUUUAACACAAUGCCACAUCGCACAUCUUGUGGGAGGCGCUAGAAUCUGCAUCAGGUAACUUUUUAAAAACUGUACACCUGACUGCCGCACGCGCGCGCGAGAGAGACAUACAGGCUAUUGAUCUAGUUCAGUUUCGUCCUCCACCAUGAAGGUUCCGGCCCUGCUUUUGGGUUUCACGUUGGUCAGUUGCCUGGUAAUUGCUGGCUACAUUCACAGCAAGCGUAACCAGGAGAUCCAUCUAAAAAAGCAGGCUGCCUUUCUCAAUAUUAAGUUCAGAGUGACCAGAGAUGUUCUGGGAGAGUAUCAAGACCAGCUGUCUCAAUCCGCCGUGGUGUUGGGAAAUACUAAGAAAGAUGUGGAUGCUCUAACCAAAGAGCUGUCCGGCGUGAAAAGUUUAUCUCAAAAGAAAACGAAAGAAGCAGAUGCCUGUAAAGGAGACACGAAAAAAUUAUCAGAAGAUAUAGCUGCUAUAGAAUCGGAGAAGAAAAGUAACCAGAAUGAGUUUAUCAAGGAGAGACUCCGCUGGGCAGAUGAGGGAAUCACUCUUAAAAAGAAAGCAAGUGAGACUAGCAAACUGUGCGCUUACAUUGACCAAAACUCCGAGGAGGCCAGGAAAUUAUGUGGCAUGAGUGAACUGCCGAAACCUCAGGAACCAAAAGUCGAACAGCCCAACGCUCAGGAACCAAAAGUCGAACAGCCCAACGCUCAAGAACCGAAAGUCGAACAGCCUAAACCUCAGGAACCAAAAGUCGAACAGCCUAAACCUCAGGAAUCGAAGGUCGAACAACCUAACCCUCAGGAACCAAAGGUCGAACAGCCCAAAGCUCUGGAACCAAAAGUCGAACAGCCUAAACCUCAGGAACCAAAUGUCGAACAGCCAAAACCUGAGGAAGCAAAACCAGAGAAACCAAAAGCUGAACCACCCAAACCUGAGGAACCAAAACCAGAGGAACCAAAAGCUGAACCACCCAAACCUGAGGAACCAAAGGCUGCGGAACCAAAAGCUAAAGAACCUUAAGUAAACAUUUCACAAGGAAAAAUCAAGUGCAGCUGUUACUGAGAGAGAAAGACCUAGAGAAGAUAUGCCAGCGACUGGAGGAGAAUUGUUUGCAAGGAUUAUUUAAACCUGAAGAUCUUGUCUGGGUUGAUCUCCAGCAUUCCACAAAUCUGAGAACUUGAAAUAUGAGGACACAUACUUUAACAUUUAUACAGUAUGUACACACAUGCACACACACAGAGACUUAAAGACUGGACUGUUAAAUCAUCAAAUCCAUUUUUCUUUCUUUUCUGUGUCAUGUCCAUGUUCUGAUUUUCAAAUAAAUGUCUGUUUAUGAGGAAUAUGGGAUGAUUUUGAUUUGAAGGUUGGUGACUAGAUGGCUUUGUAGCCAUUUUUUUACAAUCAUCUAUCCUCAUUAAUAAUCUUUAAUUUGUAAUUUUCACUUUCCUAAUUGUGAUCUUGUCUGUGACAUUCAGGCCGACGAAGCCAUAAAAUGGCAAAGAAAUGUAAUGAGUUUUUUUCGCUGUAAAUUAUAGUUUAUUUGAUGAUUUUAAUGAUGAUUGUUCAAUUUUCAUGUGUAAUACAAAAGUUAAUGAUUUUAAAUAAUGAUUUAAUUGACACCAAGUUUUAUUUGUUUACCCAAAAAUACAGCACAUUUGUUUCCUAAACAGAUUCAAUAUUGGACCCGAAUAUGGUAAAUAUUCAAUAUAUCAUGAUUAUAUUUUCACAGAAUGUUCUUUACAUUAGAUAAAACUAAGUUAUUUUAAAAAAUCACAAAAAAGAUUUCAGAGGCAGGGACACAUUUUUAUGUUUAUGUAGGUAUGGAUGUGCAUAUUUGUUUUAAUAUUUUGUCUUUCCAUCUUGUGGUAUUGUAUGUGUCAUUAUGACCCUCCCUCUGGGCUUUGCCGCUCUAUGUCAUGCAUACAUGUGUGUUUGUAUUGACUAAUGGGACAGCUCUGACCCUCUCACUGUCGCGCUUCAUCAUCCUCACUCUGUUACCCAGGUUACCAUAAUUACUAACGACAAGAAUAACAAAUCAGAACCUCCAAAGGAGCACAAAAAACUGUUACAAAGAUCUAACAUUUGCAUUACAGUGUAUUGCUUAUCCGAUUUUUGAAGUUGUAUGUUAUAAAGAUACUGUGAUGUUUACUGUGGAAAUAAAUACAGUGGAUAUGAAGAUUUUAGCUCCAUAACUACAGUAGAUGUUAAAUACUGUUGCUUAGUUAUUUAAUCUUAAGUGAUUCAAUUCACGUGUUUGGUAAUAAAGCUAAACUGAUGGACAUGUAAAUUUA